AUGGGUUAUGGCUGGUUCAUCACUGGCUUCAUAUGGGCUGUGGCACUGUUUACAGUUCCGGAAUGGAAGAGUUGUUAUGGCUGUUGGGAACAAGAAAGAAUCAGUCUUCUCCAUCUCAAAGCCUCACUCUCCAAUCCGCCUGCUCUGAGCAGUUGGAGCGCAAAGGGAACAAACCAUUCCGACGAUGACUGUUGCCAAUGGGAUGGAGUUGAUUGCGAUCUCCUUCUUGAUUAUCCCUACGAUUCUUAUAUCAAUUCACAAGCGAAGCCGGAUAUCAAUGCUUCUCUGUUUCUGCCUUUCCAAGAAUUGAGACGGCUUAAACUACAAGGCUUUCAUAUCACUGGCUGCAUCCAGAAUCAAGGAUGGCCGCAUUUGGAAAGUCUGGACAUAGAUGAUUCCACCAUUUCAUGCAACAACUUCCUUGAAACAGUUGCCACCGUCAUGACCAAUCUUACUCGAUUGAGGGUUGCAGAUUCGGAUCUUAGCUCCCCCAUUCCUCCAGCUCUAUGCACCCUAAAGCGUCUCCGAGAAUCAAACCUCCGUGACAAUCGACUGAGGGGUGAGUUGCCGCAAUGUCUAUCGAAUUUGACUUCGCUCCAACGCUUGUCCAUAGGCGGUAAUCAAUUUUCUGGAGAUAUAUCAUUGUCUCCUCUUCCAGCUCUCUUGUCCCUCGAGUAUGUAGACAUUUCCAACAAUCAAUUCCGAAUUCCAACUUCUCUCUUCCCAUUUUUCAACCACUCGCAUCUUCAAUAUUUCUGGGGAGGUGAUAACCGAGAAAUAUAUGGAGACGACCAUCUUGAUUUGGUACUGCAACAGGGUACACCACGAUUCCAGCUAAUAGACUUGGAAUUAUCUACGUGGCCGGAUUAUGGUGGAUAUGUUGGGCCCUUCCCUAAAUUUCUCUACCAUCAGACCAGAUUGAAGUUGGUUUUUAUCUCAAACUUCAACAUAACUGGAGUUGAUACUGGGUUCCCGUGGUGGUUAGUGACUAACAAUACACAUUUGGAAUUCCUUUCUCUCACCGACUGUUCACUUUCAGGGCAUUUUCAAAUUCCAAUCCAUCAGCAACAACACCAUCCUCAUGCAAAUCUAAGGGGAUUAAGUAUCUCCGGCAAUGACUUCUUUCCUAGUACCAUCCCACCUGAUAUAUGUGCGGCCCUUAUCUGGUAA